AUAACAUUUCCGACGCGUCUCGUUCCCGGAAUGUCAGUCUGUGGCGUAGCUUUAUCGCGCAAACAGACGCCAGACGUGGCGACGAGCGAUAAAUAUUCAUAGUACAAGUUCACUGAAUAAAUUACAGUUAUAAAUGCAAAAUUUUAGCACUCUAAACAAGUUGAGGACACGUCCACAAACAAACUAGAAAUCGGCAUGACGCAAGACGGACAGUAGUCACAUGCCUGGCAUUAUUACGGUAACACGCAUCUGCUGCCUGAUAAAAAACAUAACGUUGUGUUUAACAAGCAUCAUCAGUGGAAUCAGUCGACCUCAGGACUAACGGUACAACACGAAUACAAACAGGGGCCCGAGAGAAAGCGUUGAGGAUUUCCAAUAGAGUGAAAGCAACUCGCGUCAGUGCUAGAGCCGCGUUGCGCCGGGCGGACGAAUCGAAAACAAAACAUAACCUCGCCAUGUCGUUUGCUAUAGCCUCAGCCGCUAUGCUGACUGCAGCCGCGGCUGUUUACUGGUACCUUAACAGACAUAAACCCAUCAAGUACAUUCUGAGCGAGCUGCGAUAUACGAUCGACAUGCAGGGGGCCGGCGUCGGAGGAUUGAUCGACGAUUGGGUGAACGUCAGAAGGAACAAGAUAGUGUUGCCAGACGCAAACCGAAGGGUUGCCGUUAUAACCGGCGGAGCGCGCGGCAUUGGCACCGAAGUGGUACGAGGACUGCUACAAGCGAACAUGACUGUUGUAAUGGGAAUACGAAACCCUGAACUGGUGAAUAAACUAGCAGAAACCAUGGAGAAUGGUGCCAAUUUGAAGGCGUAUAAACUUGACUUGCAGUCGUUAAAAUCUGUAAAAGAAUUCGCUGAGAAUGUGUCAAGGGAGUACCCAGCAGUACACAUACUAGUCAACAAUGCAGGAAUUAUGUUUGGAGAUUUUAAGCUGACAGAGGAUGGAAUAGAGACACAGUUGGCAGUGAACCAUAUUGGGCACUUUUAUUUGACACAUCUCUUAUUGCCAGUGUUAAAAAAGGGUGGCACUCUAGGGAAAUCAUCCAGAGUUGUAAAUGUUACCUCCUGUGCACAUUACCCUGGAAAAGUUUACUUUGAUGACAUAAAUAUGAAGGAGUAUUAUGAUACCACUGCUGCAUAUUCCCAGUCAAAAUUGGCACAGUUGAUGAGUGCACGGUACAUAAAUAAACUUUUGGAAGAGGAGUCCUGCCCAGUCAAGUGUUAUGCUGUCCACCCAGGAAUAGUGGACACGGAUCUAUUUGAAAAGACUUUAUUCAGAAGGAUGUUCCCUUGGGCUAUGAAGAUGUUCUUCAAAACCCCAGCUAAGGGUGCAGUUUCCAUUCUCCACACGUGUUUUGAUGAAGAAUUGGAGAAGAAAGGUGGCCUUUACAUUAGUAACUGCAUUGAAGGAAUAAGCAGUAAAUUUUCAAAGAAUCCAGAGUACCAAAAGAAACUAUUUCAUAUAUCUUGUGAAUUAAUUCAUCUAGAUGCUGAUAAAUAUGGAAAAGUAGUCUAAUAAAUUGUAUAUUUUUAUAGCAGCUUCAAAGA